AUGGAUAAGUUUCUUGAAGACAUUCACAAUCAUUUUCGGAUGAAGGAUCUUGGCCAGAUGCGUUAUUUUCUCGGGAUUCAGGCACACUUUCACCAAGAGGGGCUGUUUCUCUCACAGCAGAAGUAUGCGGAGGAUCUCCUUGCCAUUGCUGCAAUGAGUGACUGUUCUCCUAUGCCUACACCGUUACCUCUUCAGCCGCAUCACAUACCAAACCGGAGUCAGCUCUUUGAGAAUCCGACUUACUUUAGAAGCCUUGCAGGAAAACUGCAAUAUCUCACUCUUACUCGGCCAGAUAUUCUGUUUGCUGUCAAUUUUGUGUGCCAGAAGAUGCAUGCCCCGACUAUUUCUGAUUUCCAUCUGUUAAAACGCAUUUUGCAUUACAUCAAAAGAACAGUCUCCAUGGGUAUAACGUUUCGGAAACACAUUUUUGUGAUAAGAGCUUAUAGCGACUCUGAUUGGGCUGGAUGCCCUCUUAUAAGGCGAUCAACUACUGGAUUUUGCACUUAUUUUGGAAAUAAUCUGAUCUCUUGGUCUUCUAAAAAGCAAAUACGGUGGCCAAGAGUUCCACUGAAGCAGAAUACCUUGCUCUGUCUGAAACUGCCUCCGAGCUUACCUGGCUUGGUAGUCUCUUAA